AUGUACAUCACCCUCUACUACAUAGUCAACCGGCUCCCUGACUCUCUGCGCGUAGUCAGGGACCACUUCCUCUCAGUUUGCCCCACCACUCUCACCGUUGACCUCCUCGAGAAGGCCCUCCUAGCAGCAGAGAAGAGCAUAGUCGCUGUAGGAGCCUCUUGUGGUGACCCGCGCGCCCCUGUCUUUGAAGGGGUUCGGUCGGCGCUGCAUCUGCCCCGAGCGGGAAACGCCGCACCGGCAAGUGCAAGGGGGGCAAGGGCGCUGGAGGGGCUGGCGGGGGUGGCGGAGGUGGCGGUGGAGGCAGUGGAGGGGGUGGGGGUGGGGGUGGUGGUGGGAGUGGUGGCGGGGGUGGAGGUGUCGGUGGCGGCAGUGGAGGCGGAGGCGGCAGCGGCGAUGGCGGCGGCAGCGGAGGUGGCGGAGGUGGCGGAGGUGGCGGAGGUGGCGGAGGCGGCGGCGGAGGAGGUGGAGCUGGUCGGGGUGGCGCUGCGCAGAGAGUCAGCUCCGGUGGUGCGGGGUGGGGGUACUGGUCCGUGCACCUACGUCCUACGCACCAGCGACCGCGCGGGUGAGCAGUGCGGGGGUGCGCACUCCACCCAGCGCUGCUUUGGCCGCCUGACGGACGCCUGGCGUCACCAGUUCCCUGAGGCCACUGAGAUCCCUCGCUGGGGCGAGCUGUCUAGGGCGGGAGUAGCUAUCUUUGACCUCAACUUUGAUGCUAUUCUUGCUACCAUGUAUGCUCUGACUGUUAGUGAUGAGGGUGACUGUUACUGGUGUUUUCCGCCCGACCCGGGCAUUGAGACUGCUGCUCUAGGUGCUGGUGAGGCUACUGCUCUAGGUGCUAGCGAGGCUGCUGCUCUAGGUGCUGGUACGUCUGCUUCCUCAGGUGCUGGUGAGUCUGCGCUCUCAGGUACUACGUCGGCUUCGGCCUCCCACACCUUCACCCUUGACUCGGGGGCUUCUCGCUCCUUCUUUCGAGACCGCACCACACUCAUGCCGCUUGGUCGGCCAGUUGCAGUCUCUCUGGCAAACCCCUCUGGGGGUCCUGUCCUUGCUCACUUCUCCACUGUCCUCCCGUGUCCGGUGGCCCCCUCUGGCAACCUGUCUGAUCUUUACCUCCCCUCGUUCUCUACGAACUUGGUGAGUGGUGCUGACCUGCAGGAUGCAGGGGUUCACCAGUUCACUCCUGCGAGUCAGCGGGUGACCCACUGCACGGACGCUAGGACAGGCCGACACUUGGCCACGUUAACACGUCGGCCGGGGUCGAGCCUGUACACACUGACCACUACGUCUCCUCCCACGUCGUCUGGUCAGGUAGCUGCAUCGGGUCAGGUGUUUGCCACGUCGUCUGGUCAGGUAGCUGCAGCGUCCAGGUCUGGCAUGGCCUCCCGUGUCCUUGUCUCUGGUCUUCCCCGGUCCCUCCCUCCCCUUCCUCCGGGGCCUGCCCCUGCCUGCGUCCCCUGUGUCAAGGGGCGGCAGCGGGCUGCCCCUCACUCCUCCAAGUUUCCUCUGACAGAGGCCCCGCUGCAGACGCUUCACAUGGACGUGUGGGGCCCAGCCCGCGUCCGUGGACUCGGUCACGAGCGCUACUUCCUGCUGGUGGUUGACGACGUCUCGCGUUACACCACAGUUUUCCCCUUGCGCAGCAAGGGUGAUGUCACUGAGGUGUUGAUCGACUGGAUCUGCGCAGCUCGUCUCCAGCUCAGGCAGAGCUUCGGCUCGGACCUUCCUGUUCUGCGUCUGCACUCUGACAGAGGCGGAGAGUUCUCCUCUGGCCUUCUUCGAGCCUACUGUCGUGCACGAGGCAUCCGCCAGACCUUCACGCUUCCAGAAUCUCCACAGCAAAAUGGGAUUGCUGAGCGCCGCAUUGGCAUGGUCAUGGACGUCGCCCAUCAACCUUCAGCCCAGGGUCUCCAGGCCGGAGACUUCUCGAACUUUGCUGUGGGCGGGAAGGUUGGCGAUGCAUCUGUGUUCCGUGUCUGGGGAUCUCGGGCGUUUGUCCGCGACUUGUCUGCGGACAAGCUGUCCCCUCGUGCUGCUCCCUGCGUCUUCCUUGGCUUCCCCCCUGACGCGCCAGGGUGGCAGUUCUACCACCCCACCUCUCGCCGUGUUCUGUCCUCCCAGGACGUCACGUUUGAUGAGUCGGUCCCCUACUACCGUCUCUUCCCCUACCGCACUCCGUCCCUCCCCCCGCCGCCGCUCUUCCUUGUGCCAGACGCAGUUGAGCCUGUCGAGGUCGUUGGUGACUCUAGUGCUGCUGAGGGUGCUGUGCCUGGGGGUGCUGACUCUGGGGGUGCUGAGCGUGUGGGUGCUAUGCCUGGGGGUGCUGAGACUGAGGGUACUACGACAGGGGGUGCUGAGCCUGGGGGUGCUGAGCCUGGGGGUGCUGAGCCUGGGGGUGCUACGCGUGGAGGUGCUGUCCCUUGCGGUUCUCUGGGUGCUUCGUCUCGGCGGGAGCCACUCUCUCCACAGGAGCUGCGCGAGUGGUUUGCCCGGCGCUGGAGGCGUGCUGCUGGAGCUCGAGGUCCUUCGGCUGCUGAGGGUGCUGGUGCCGCGGGUACCGGAGGUGCUCGUACUGGGAGUACUGGAGCAGCUGGGCCUGCGGGUACUUCUGGAGCUGGAGCUGCUGAGGGUGUUGGCGCUGAGGCUACUGUUGUCGGUCCUGGAGCUGCUGGGGGUGCUACUGGUGCUGCUAGAGGUCCUGGAGCUGGAGGUGCUGCUGGCGCUGGUGCUACCGUUGGGGGUACUUAUGCUGUCCCUGCUGUGUCUAGAGUCGCCGCGCGGCCUCGGCCGUACUUCGUUCCGCUCCUUCAGCAGGUUCUUGGUCUCCCGCCUUCUACUGGUCCUCCUCCUCCUUUAGGGUGUCCACAGCCUGUCCCGUCACAGUUACAGUUACAGCCCGCCUCCCCACUACCUGCUCCUUCUCCCUACACUGGUCCUACUGGAGGUCUUGCUGAGCGUCGUGAGCCUGCGUCUCGCCCUGCGUCGCCUGUCCGUGCUGCUCGCACUAAUGGUCGUGGUUCGCGUCAGCGUCCUCCUCCUGUCCCUGGCACGCACCGGAUGUCCCUGCGUCCGUCCGCUGCUCCUCUGCAUGCCCCUUUGCCUUCUCCUCCUGAGUCCUCUCUUCCUGCUCUUGCCGACCCGGAGUCAGACUCUCUUCGUGCUGCCAAUCCUACUGUCACGCGUCUCCUUGCUACUGUUAUCACUGACCCUUCCUUUGAGUCCACUGCUGCGUCUGCCCUAGUUGCUGAGCUCGUCGACUUUGCUGCUCGCUGUCGUCUAGACUACGCCGCCAGUCUUGUUGCUGAGUCUGAGUCUGUCUGUCCUCCGUCCGUCGGGGGUGAGUGUGCCCUUGGCACGGACGUCCUUGAGGACAGGCAGGAGGAGUUCCAGUGCUUGGCUGCUGCUUCACCUCAUCUCGUGUCCGUACUGCUUACCCCUGAGGGAGACCCGGAUGCACUUGACAUCCCGACUCCGCGCUCUUACGCGGAGGCGAUAGAGGGUCCCUACUCCUCUUAG